AUGCGCUGCCGCAGACUGGCCCUGGGCCUAGGAUUCUGCCUGCUGUUGGGCAUUGCCCUCUUUUUUCUGCGGAUGUAUGUGGAGAACUGGCUGCCCUUCUCCUAUGUCCCCUAUUACCUCCCCUGCCCAGAGAUCUUCAACAUGAAACUGCAGUAUAAGGGGGAGAAGCCGUUCCAGCCGGUGACACGGUCACUGUACCCUCAGCCCAAGCUGCUGGAGCAGAGGCCUACUGAGCUGCUGACGCUUACACCCUGGUUGGCGCCCAUCGUCUCCGAGGGAACCUUCGACCCUGAGCUUCUGCAACACAUCUACCAGCCACUGAACCUGACCAUCGGGGUCACGGUGUUUGCCGUGGGGAAGUACACCCGGUUCAUCAAGCACUUCCUGGAAUCGGCCGAGCGGUUCUUCAUGCAGGGUUAUCGGGUGCGGUACUAUGUCUUCACUAAUGACCCUGCGGCCGUUCCUCGGGUCCCGCUGGGCCCGGGCCGCGGCCUCAGCACCAUCCCCAUCCAGAAGCACUCCUGCUGGGAGGAGAUCUCCAUGUGCCGGAUGGAGACCAUCAGCCAGCACAUUGCCAAGACUGCGCACCAGGAGGUGGAUUACCUCUUCUGCCUCAAUGUGGACAUGGUGUUCCGGAACCCGUGGGGCCCCGAGACCUUGGGGGACCUGGUGGCUGCCAUUCACCCAGGCUACUACACUGUACCCCGCCAGCAGUUCCCCUAUGAGCGCAGGCAUGUUUCCACCGCCUUCGUGGCAGACGGCGAGGGGGACUUCUAUUAUGGUGGGGCCGUCUUUGGGGGGCGAGUGGCCAGGGUGUACGAGUUUACCAGGGGCUGCCACAUGGCCAUCCUGGCGGACAAGGCCAAUGGCAUCAUGGCAGCCUGGCAGGAGGAGAGCCACCUGAACCGCCGCUUCCUCUUGCACAAGCCCUCCAAAGUGCUGUCCCCUGAGUACCUCUGGGAUGACAGGAAGCCCCAGCCGCCCAGCCUGAAGCUGAUCCGCUUUUCGACGCUGAACAAGGCCACCGGGUGGCUGAGGAGCUGA